GAGUAAAGAUAGAAAACCAAAGGAAAGAUUUACGUGUGUAAGAAAGAUUAUAUAGCGUAGUGGAAAGACCAGUUAUAUUUUUAUUGUCAACUAACAGCAUAUUUCGUCAAGUUAUUUCUAAACGAAUGUGUUUGACGUCCAGAAAGUUGGAAGAAGAAAUAGCAAAAAAUGUUGGGUAAAAGUAACACUCGGUGAUCCGUGCUGAAGAAAUACACUGCAAAAGGAAAGGAAAUUUCGUGAAUUAUUUACAUUAUCUUUUGGAAGGUCACGAGCAUCGUUAAUCUCUGCGUCGGUAGCUAUUUAAUUGAAAGUGGAAAGGGGAACCUGUAAGGAACUUGAUCAUACAGGUCAACACAAACAUAAGAUACCAAGGAAAAAGGAGAACACGUAUAACGAGAUACACAAUUCGGAGAGAUUGCACGUAUGCUACGAUUGUUCCAAGAAUCCUACGAAUGGAGCACGGGUGCGUCCACGAGACGAAAUUUUGCGCACGAAUGGAGUACCGUUGUUAUUGUUGUGUAUAUUGAUUUUUAACGCGCGAGCUAUAAUUUCGACAUUUAUUCUGUAUUACGAAUAGAUGGCCCGUAUUAUUUUUUUUUUAAUUUGUGACUGUGAUUAAAAUGAACUCUUUUGACGUCUACAAUUAUCUUUCUUUUUCUACAAUUAUACGAAAUUAUUAUUAUUAUUUGCAACGCUAAUUUUUCUUAGAUUAAAGUAUGAGUAGUACAGUGGCAAUGGAAUCAUCUACAGUUGUGAACUCUGUGGUUGACAAUAUGACAUCUGUAUUUUCUGAGAAGGAAACAGCUCCAAUAUUCUUACAGACACGAGCUGCUCAAGGUAUUGCUGGUGCAUUUGUUUGGGUUGCAUUGUUCUUGACUUGUCAACAGAUUUAUCAACAUUUGAGGUGGUAUACUAAUCCAACAGAACAAAGAUGGAUAGUGAGAAUCUUGUUUAUAGUCCCAAUUUAUGCAACUUAUUCAUGGGUCUCUCUAGUAUUUUUUAACAGCGAAAGUUAUUACGUUUACUUCUUUACUGUACGAGAUUGUUAUGAAGCGUUUGUUAUAUAUAACUUUUUGUCUCUAUGCUAUGAGUACCUGGGUGGUGAAGGAAACAUUAUGUCCGAAAUACGUGGCAAACCUAUUCGUUCCAAUUGCUUAUAUGGAACUUGCUGUUUGGUUGGAAAGACAUAUACGAUUGGUUUUCUUAGAUUUUGUAAACAAGCUACUUUGCAAUUUUGCUUAGUAAAACCAGUAAUGGCAUUUGUUAUUAUAUUCCUUCAAGCAUUUGGACAUUACAGAGAUGGGGAUUGGUCCCCAGAUGGGGGCUAUAUUUAUGUGACCAUUAUAUAUAAUAUCAGUGUAUCUCUUGCCCUUUAUGGACUGUUUCUUUUCUACUUUGCCACAAGAGACUUACUAACACCGUUUGAACCUGUUCUGAAAUUUUGUACUAUCAAAAGUGUUAUCUUUCUCUCAUUCUGGCAAGGAGUGUUAUUGGCUAUCCUUGAAAAAGCAAAUGUAAUUUCUUCUAUAAAUGUGGGCCAACCAUCCAGUGUAGGCACGGUUUCUGCUGGUUAUCAAAACUUUUUAAUUUGUAUUGAAAUGUUGUUUGCUGCUAUAGCUUUACGUUAUGCUUUUCCCUAUCAAGUAUACUCAGCUGGUUGUGUUACGGAUUCAAGAGGGAGGAGUGUAACAAUGCAAAGCAUUAGCAGUAGUUUAAAGGAAACUAUGAAUCCAAAAGACAUAAUGACUGAUGCCAUCCAUAACUUUCACCCACAAUAUCAACAAUACACUCAGUACAGUUCAGACGUUAAUACCAACUUGCCGUAUGAAAAACUAUGAGAAUGCAAGGCAUCACUUUUUUAAUUUCAAGAAAUUGGACAUCAAACAUUUAUAUCAUUUUAAACGGAAAAUGAAAAAUUUUUAGUACCUUAGUUUAUUGAAACUGUUAUUAUAAACUUAUUUGAUAGUUUAAGUUCUAAUUAAACUGCAGGAUGGGCAAAGUGUUUUCUGCUCAAAUUAUAAUUUAAGUAAAAUCAGUAUACAUAAGUCUACAAUUCUUUCAUUUUGCAAUUAACAAAAUCUACUAUAUAAUAGGGAUUAAGCAAUUAACAAGGGAAGCACUUAAAAUAAAGUGUAAUUUCAUAACACGUUUUGCUUUCUAAUAAAAUGCAAAAGACAAAUAAUAAUUGA